GUCAACAGUAGAUACGUGGCGGAGGUGGGACGGGAACGGCACCCGCACCCAAUUCCUCCUCCACCAUCUCCGUCUCCAUCUCCUGCCCGUGACCUUUGCGUGCGUGUCCCGUGCUGCCGAGCCCACCCGCCCGUAUCGCCGGUGCUCUGCUUCUCUCUCGCGCGCGCAUGCACGGGGGCGGAAAUGGGGCGGGAGGCAGGCAGGGGAGCCGGCGCUGACGGCGGCGGUCCCCCGCCGGCCGCGGGGAGCGAGGCCGAGAGCCUCCGGGACAGGGUGUCCUCCGCUCCCUCCUCCUCCUCCAGGCCCCGCGCCCGCCCUUCGUGCUGGGGAGGCAUCAGGAUUCGCCGGGUGCGCCGGGGCAGGAGCGGAGCGGGCGGCGGCCGCGGCGAGCACGACGCGGCUCCGGCCGUCAGGACGGUCUCCACCUCGCGCGUGUGCGGCGGCGGCGGCGGCAGGGCGGACGCGGCGGCCGGGGCCAGGUCCCUCCUCCAACGCAACGAUUUCUACUGCGACGACUGCAACACGCACAGGUAGCCGAGCAUAAUGUACAUGUAUUCCAAUUGGUUCAUGAGAGGUUCAAUCUAAGAUUGUACGGCAGAGCUUCGUCAUAUUCCAAUUGCUUUUAGUAUAUAUGAAUUCAGCCAGAAUAUUGAUCUUGUCCUAGUCAGUUCAUCUCGUAUUCCCAUGAUACCUAUCAGGCAGUUAUCAGUAUUUGCAA